CGCGACUGCAGCAGCUCGUGUAAAUUUUAAUUAAAAUUCCAAACUACGUGCCCGAUUGCCAAUUCUUGCUGCCGGCUGGCAAUAUCCGUGCCAGUGUGAGUACCAUUUUUACGUUCGUCGGACAUAGACUGAUUACCAUGUUUACCAGUUGUCAUUGCAAUCGCCAUCAUCAGCAACAGCAGCAGCCGCAAAUCUAUUAGUGUUUAUCUACAAAAAAAAUUCCGCUGUCAUCACGCGGGAAACGUGCUCCCGCCCGGAUCAACACGUGCCGAUUUUCUAUCUCUACCUGAAAGCUUCUCUUCGCCCUCGUCGUCAUGACGGUGAAAUUGUACGAAGCAUUGGUAGUAUCAGGAACAGCAGAACAGUUCCGAUCGGCCGAAUAUGGCAGCAAUGGGACGGUGGCGGAGGCCUUCCAAGCUGGUGGAGAGGGGAGUGACGUAGAUACCAACAACAUCCAGGAUCUACUAAACGAUACCGAUUCAGAACUAUCCUCCCUAUCGCAUGUUGAUGCUCCCAACGAUGUCCUGUAUAUGGUUUGUGGAGUUGUCAUUGCCAUGCUCCUCGUGGGCCUCAUCAUAGUUUUAGUAGCAGUCACAAUCAGCAAACUGAGAAAGCGUGAAGAAUCGUCCGUGAGUCCAGUGACGGCGACCAACGUGGAGGCUGCUCCACCGUCGUCGCAUCAUCAUAAUCAUAGCACCAACCAUCAUCACAACAAUCACCAUAGCAGUAAUAAUAACAACAACCAGCUGGAGAACGGAUACUCCGUACCAACUCCGGUGGCAUUCCGACAAAGCCCGUCCAGCGUGUGGGUGUUCCCUCCGCUACCGCCGCAGCCUAACCUGUACCACUACAACGCCAAUAGUCAAGACGCGUUAGUACACAACGAUAAGACCGGCUUCAAAGGACUGAAGCGACAGCUGUCAGGGCGCUUCAAGCGCCUGGUAUCGAGAAAAUCGCACGAACCCGCCCCGGCGAUACCGCCCGAGCUGAAGCCCCAGUUGAAGACCAUCUACGUUUAUUAAUAAUAAUAAUAAUGCUAACAGAAUAACUUUAACAACUACCGAUAAGCCGGACGGAUAACUGUAAACAGUACUAACUAUAUUAAACUUUUUUUUUUGUUUUGAACAAGUCGUUUUAAAUAGGAAGCACGCGCGAGCGUAAUGCUAAUUGUGCGAGAUUAGUGAUCGAGGUUUCUUUCCUGGUAGAUAAUUUUUUUUAGAGAGAUCAAGAACGAUUGAGGAACGGUUUGUAAGUGACUGUGUGUGAGAGAAAGUGAAUUUAGGACAGAGUAAGUUUUUUCGUCGUUUUUCUUUGUGUACGCCAGUACUCUUUUCCGGGAUAAGACAAUUCCUACCGAUCCGCAGAUUUCAAAUUUUGUGCCGUGGAAAAACGAAGGUUGAUAUUAAAAUCAGAUUUUUUUUACAAAACGAAAAUUUCAGCUUGUACUACUCUUUAACAGUUUUGGAAAGAUUCAAACUACUACAUCAUUGAUAUUGAUCCGUCAUUCCAGUUUGUCGUACGUGACGGCGUGCGUGUUGAUUUUUGUUUUAUUUUCUAGCCCAGAAGAAGAAUGUAGCAAAAGAAGUACAGAAGUAAUUAUUAUUAUUAGUAAACCUAGAAGAAGACUGACACACACAUGAAACCCAUUUUUUGUUAGGCAUGCGAAGGGACAAUGUUCAUUACUUAUUCACAAACAGCACACACACACACCCACACACACAAUUGAGAGGAGAGUCAAUCGCUUCGAGCGUAUGUGUAGAUCUUUCAUGUAGUUCUGCUAGUUUUCUGUAUAUUCCUAUAACAACCAUGCAAAACAGAAAGUAUUUCCAACUUUUUUUUUUCCCUUAACUUAUGUAGCGAAAUAUUUUCAAGCUUAACCUAAAUAAGAACAAAAAAGUUAAAAGCAAUAUAAGCAAUUGUACUAGUGUAUUCAAAGGAUAGCAGAAAGCAGAACCGCACAGCUUGAAGGCUCAUACUAGCAAAGGAUAUUUAUUUUCUCGUGUAGCCAAUCAGCUCCACUCCCAUUUUGUGUUUAGGCAGCUUAAAAAAAUAAUUUAGAACAAACAUUGCAAACAAAAUUACAUCAAUUUGCAUUAAUAUGGUAGAACAAAUGAAAGGGAUGAUGAUGAUGAUGCUUAAAAUGCGCACACUUCCACGAAAUUUCGGACAAACCACGCGUAAAGAACGAAAACAAUCGUAUAGGAUAGUAAUUAAAACAGCACAAUUCCUGAGUUUGCAAAAAAGAGAAUUACAGGACGCGCCAUUUUGUGUUGACAAAAAAUCACACAAACAAACACACAAACACACACACGGAUCACAGGAAAACAAGCAAAGAGCAAAAAUCUGAUGAAAACAGUAGGUUGUAGGUGAUGAAGAAAACUGAAAACUAAAAAC